ACGUCAGCUGGGUCGGUUGGCUGCGGCAGCCAUCUUGGCUCGGUCCGGCGGUCAGCUUCAAGCUGUCUGAUGUUUUCCACUCGCGUGAGGAGAGAAAGUUUCGUGUUCGGCUGGGGGAGCAGUCCGCGACAGGUUCGAUCAGGUUCGGCUGCGGUCUGACGGGUUUUUCUCGCCAGACCAAAAACCGGUCCUCCUCAAAGCCAGCGAGGAGGUCCACAUCCAGAACAGGAACCGGAAACCAGAAGUCCCGGAGCUGCUGCUGGACGCGCCGACAGGAAACAUGAUGGACCCACAGAGUCAGACUCAGUUGGUGGAGAGUUUACGGAGAACCUUUAAGUCAGGGGUCACUUUACCUGAGCAGUUCCGUCGAAGCCAGCUCACUCAGCUCAUGUCUAUGAUCCGAGACAACGAGGACCAGAUUAAUAAGGCUCUACACCAGGACAUUGCAAAGGUACAUGUGAUCCUGAUACCUGUGUUUGUGUCACCUGUUUUACAUGGACUCCACACACACACGCUCAUGAAUGGCUCAAAGUCACUCUACAAGAAUUACAGACUUUCGCAACUAAUUCCUCAAGCUUCUGCCUGCCCUGCAGUCGUGAUGAUCACAGUAAUACCAUGGUCAGUAAUCCAUUUACCAGUGGUUUUGGCACUGUGAGCAGGAAAUUGUGUCAUCGUCAAACCCUCUGAGGUCAGCUCUGCCACAAACUGUCUUAUAUCAGAGCUCAUCCCCAAGUAUCUGUCUCAGGACUGUUACGCAGUUGUCCGUGGUGGACCAGAGGAGACCCAAGCUCUUUUAAAGAAUCGAUUUGACCAUAUCUUCUACACAGGUUCUCAGUCUGUGGCCCGGUGCAUUGCACAGGCAGCCGUGGUCCACUUGACACCAGUAACUUUGGAGCUGGGUGGCAAAUGUCCUUGCCUCAUAUAUGGGCGAGUGAACAUUGAAGCUGCUGCUUACCGCUUGGCCUGGGCCAAGUUUUUUAACGCUGGCCAAAGUUGCGUGGCUCCAGACUAUGUGCUGUGCACCACUGCCAUUCGGGAUGCUCUGGUACCUGUGCUGAUCAAAGUCCUGGAGAAGUUCUACAGCAAGGAGCCUCAGAAGAGUCCUGACCUGGCUCGCAUCGUGUCACCCCGACACUGGACUCGUCUGAUGGAACUGCUCCGUAAAACCCAAGGGAAGGUUGUUGUGGGUGGAGAGAAUGAUCAGGAGGAUAAAUAUAUCGCCCCCACUGUGUUGGUGGACGUAGCUGAAGAUGAUACUUUAAUGGUGGAGGAGAUCUUCGGCCCCAUUUUGCCUAUCCUUACUUUUGAGUCUCUGGAGAAAAGUAUUGAGUUUGUCAACCAAAAAGACAAACCUCUGGCCCUCUACAUUUUCUCUGACGAAUCUUCUGUGGUAAAAACGGUCCUGGAGAAUACCAGCAGUGGAGGAUUCUGCUCCAAUGAUGGAAUCGUCCAUAUGACCCUGCCUGGUCUGCCAUUUGGAGGUGUAGGGGCCAGCGGGUGGGGCAGCUACCACGGCCGCUGGGGCUUCGAGGUGUUCAGUCACAGGCGGGCCUGCAUGCUGCGCGGCUGGGCGUUGGAGAGGCUCAACGGUCUGCGUUACCCCCCGUACAGUGAAGACAAGUUAAAAUGGCUGCGCUGGACCACCUCUGCAUCUAGCUCCUGCUCUCUCAUGUGACGGGACUUUGUCCCAGGGUUUGAGUCAUUGGGGACGUUCCAUCAGACACGGUAUCAGUUUGGAUCCACUGACAGAUGGUGUGAUGAAGAUGAUUGUGAUGACUUGAUUCUGUAACAUCAUCCUGGAGUGAACAGGAAAUGAGAUCAUUGUUUUGGAAGGUUGUUAAUGUUUCAUCACAUUUUCCCUUGUGCAAAGUUUGUCACAUUUAAGUUUGUAUUUAGAUAUUUUUUAAAAACAGUUUUCACUUUAGUUUCUCUGUAUUUUUCUUCAUUGCUGAACCCCAAAGUUUG